AUGGAGUUCGCCAUGUCCCUUGAAGAACGUCUAGUACUACGACAAGAGUUACUAGACACGAACGAUAAGUUCCUGAUAGAGCUUCCCAAGGUAGAACUUCACGUUCAUAUCGAAGGCACGUUGACCCCUGAGUUGAGAUGGGAGCUGGCCAAACGAAACAACCAAACCCUGACGCUCGAGCGCACUGGAACUGUAUACAACAGUCUGGAACAGCUCAGAGAGUCUUACAACCUCAUCCAACCGAGACCUGGUCAUCGCAUCGACAACGCUGAGGAGAGUUUCACCUUUUUCGAGGCCUACUAUGGGGGAUUUGAGGUGCUCGUCACUGAGCGGGACUUUUAUGAUCUGGCCAUGAACUACUUCGAGCACGCCGCCUCGAUGAAUGUCCGGUACUGCGAACCGUUCUUUGACCCUCAGGGCCACACACGUCGUGGCGUCUCAUGGGAGACCAUGAUGGGUGGAUUCCGCACGGCUCAGCAGGAAGCUGAGAAGCGCCUGGGCAUCAAGUCCAAAUGGAUCAUGUGCUUUCUGCGAGACAUGCCAGUGGAGUCGGCCAUGGAACACUACCAGGCCGUUUUGCCUUACCGAGACAUGGUCAUUGGAAUUGGUCUGGACUCGGAUGAGAACGAUCGACCACCCUCCAUGUUCUCAGACAUAUACAACCAGGCCAGACAAGCCGGCUUCCGCAUCACCGCGCAUUGUGACGUCGGACAAAAAGACACUCACAAACAUAUCCGCCAAGUAGUCACGGACCUGGGCGGAACUGGUGCAGAUCGUAUUGACCAUGGCCUCAACGCUGCCCAAGAUGAAGAAAUCAUGCGUCUCAUCAAGAGCAAAGGUAUCGGUCACACCAUCACCCCGUGGGGCUAUCUACGACAUGAGCCCGUCGAGGAGAUCUUCCCUAGAAUCCGGACCCUGUAUGACGCUGGUAUCCCCAUCUCGAUCGCAAGUGACGAUCCAGCAUACAUGGAGGACUGCUGGAUUCUACAUGAUAUGCUCCUCGUGAAGAAGAUGUGUGACUUUAGCAAUCGCGAUAUGGUAGUUUUGACAAACAACGCAAUCGACAUGUGCUGGGCACCUGAGGCAGUGAAAGAGGAAAUCAGGAAUGAAGUCGAGGCGGUGUUGGCGAGACAUUCGCAAUGA